UUUAAUACCAAUAUACACACAGGGUUAAACAUCUUAGGGUGAUCAUAGAGAGAGAGGAGAGAUAUGGCGGCUGAUAGGAGAGUUGGGGUUGCUGUGGAUUUCUCUCCAAGCAGCAAGAAUGCGUUGAAAUGGGCUGUGGAUAACAUUAUGCGGAAAGGGGAUUAUCUUAUCCUUGUUGCCGUUCAACCUGAAGGUCAUUAUGAGGAAGGCGAGAUGCAGCUUUGGGCAAUCAGCGGUGGUUCACCACUUAUCCCUUUAAGUGAGUUUUCUGAUCCUGCUACCAUGAAGAAAUAUGGAGUAAAGCCUGACCCAGAAACUCUGGAUAUUGCUAACACUGCUGCUAAGCAAAAAGAAGUCAUGGUGGUGAUGAAGAUAUACUGGGGUGAUCCACGUGAGAAGUUAUGCGAGGCCAUUGAUAGCAUCCCUCUUAGCUGCAUGGUUGUAGGAAAUAGAGGGCUUGGCACGCUUAAGAGGGCUAUAAUGGGCAGUGUGAGCAACUAUGUGGUGAACAAUGGUUCCUGCCCGGUUACUGUAGUGAAGCACCAUGGCCAUGACUGAGUGUUGUACUUGCUUUGAUGACUUAUUUGGCCUAGUAACUAGUUCUUGUAUGGGAUGUUAAAUAAUGUUGUACGUAGGAAGUAUGAGAAAUAAGGGGUGUUUCAACAGAAAUAUUGCAUUUCUAAGAAAAAGAAGAGGAGCUCAAGUAAUGAGCCUUUUUAGUC